GGAGAGUAGAAAGCUCAGCGGCAGCGGAGGGAAUCUAUGCGCGCUGGACAGCAGUGGGAGGUGUGUGAGACUAACGCUGUCUGCAGACCCUCUAUCGUCGGGGAGCAAGGAUUUAGCUACGGGGCUGCCGGGGCUACCCGGCCGAGGCUUCAGAGGCGCAAACUCAUGGGACUGAUUUAUUCGGCAGGGUCGCCUCGGUCUUUUAAGUACAUUGAGCUGGGCCCGCGUUGAAGUAGAAGCUGUCGGGGGGGCGCGCAGCCCGGAGUCCCAGUGUGGCCCGAAGGAACGGAGCCCGUACCAGGGCGACCCAGUCGGGAGCCUGGGGGCCGAGCUUGGAUUGUGGGGAGAUCCCCCACUUCUUCCCAGGGCCGUCAAUCCCAGGGCGGUCGAGGCGUCGGAGCAGCCACAGAGUACUCCGCGGGGAGACCCCGUCGGGGAGAAGGCGCACAGUCCCAAACAGUCUCCGGGAGCCCAGCGGAACCAGGGGAAAUCACCCGGGGGCGCCGAGCCCCCGUCACGCCUCGUGUGGCGGAGAGGCUAGGGGAACGAGCCUUCGGAGGCCGCAGCCCAUGCCCGGGUUGGGGGCGCCUGCCCAGUGAGUCCUCCUGGCCAGCGGGGCGAAGGAGGGCGACACCGAAGCCGGCGGGAGGCGAAUACUUCAAGGCCGGCGGCAGCGGAGGAUGGGCGCCUGAGUGGCUCCGAGCACAGCGCGGCACGAGAAGGCGAGGCGAGCUUUGCUGAGGAGGCUCCCGGGGAUCCCGAAGUGUAUCCUGCCCCCGGGAAGAUGGCCCGGCCUGGGCAGCGUUGGCUCAGCAAGUGGCUUGUGGCGAUGGUCGUGUUGACGCUUUGCCGGCUUGCCACGCCGCUGGCCAAGAACCUGGAGCCUGUGUCCUGGAGCUCCCUCAACCCCAAGUUCUUGAGUGGGAAGGGCUUGGUGAUCUACCCGAAGAUUGGAGACAAGCUGGACAUCAUCUGUCCCCGAGCAGAAGCAGGGCGGCCCUAUGAGUACUACAAGCUGUACCUGGUGCGGCCAGAGCAGGCAGCUGCCUGUAGCACCGUGCUUGACCCAAAUGUUCUGGUCACCUGCAACAAGCCACAGCAGGAAAUCCGCUUUACCAUCAAGUUCCAGGAGUUCAGCCCCAACUACAUGGGCCUAGAGUUCAAAAAGUACCACGAUUACUAUAUUACCUCAACAUCUAAUGGGAGCCUAGAGGGCCUAGAGAACCGUGAGGGAGGUGUGUGCCGUACACGCACCAUGAAGAUUGUCAUGAAGGUUGGGCAAGAUCCCAAUGCUGUGACACCUGAGCAGCUGACUACCAGCCGGCCCAGCAAGGAGGCAGACAACACUGUCAAGACGGCCACACAGGGCCCUGGUCGGGGUCCCCAGGGUGACCCUGACGGCAAGCAUGAGACUGUGAACCAGGAAGAGAAGAGUGGCCCAGGUGCAAACGGGGGUGGCAGCGGCGACUCCGACAGCUUCUUCAACUCCAAGGUUGCAUUGUUUGCGGCAGUUGGUGCUGGCUGUGUCAUCUUUCUGCUCAUCAUCAUCUUCCUGACAGUUCUACUACUCAAGCUGCGCAAGCGACACCGCAAGCACACACAACAACGGGCGGCUGCCCUCUCACUCAGCACCCUGGCCAGCCCCAAAGGGGGUAGUGGCACAGCAGGCACCGAGCCUAGUGACAUCAUCAUCCCCUUACGGACUACAGAGAACAACUACUGCCCCCACUAUGAGAAGGUGAGUGGGGACUACGGGCACCCCGUCUACAUCGUCCAGGAGAUGCCACCCCAGAGCCCGGCGAACAUCUACUAUAAGGUCUGAGGGCCUGGCAAGGCCUCAGGCCCCAAGAGACACAUGGCCUGGACCGGCUUCUCUUUUCUCCCCCACAACCCUCCCCUUGCCAGCUGUGCCCACCUUUGUAUUUAGUUUUGUAGUUUCUUGGCUUUUAUAAUUCCCCUUUUUCCUGCCCCCUGGGCUUCGGAGGGGGGUGCUUGUGCCCCAAUCCCCAUGCUCUUGUGCCUUCCCCCUCUGGCCAGUCCUCUGGGCUCUGUGGGGGCGCCCUUUCUUGGAGGGCAGAGUUGGACACUGAUGGACAGCAGGCAGGGAGAAAGCCCCCUGGCCCUGUCCCCUUCUCUCCCCCUUUCCCCCUUCCCAGGACUGCUUGUCCACUAUCAUCACUGUUUUUAAUGCUUUUUGUGUUCAUUUUUUUUAGCUGUCAACUCACUUUCAUCUGUUUUUUGAAGAAAAAUGGAAAAAUGUACAAGGCAGCCCCUCCCCAGGCUUUCUGAGCCUUGCCUGACCCAGUAUAAGAGGGCCUGGGGCAGGACAUGGCCAGCCAGGAAGCAUAAGAUGGCAUUUCUUUUAUAGAUUCCUUAAUAUUUCAGGGGGUGGGAGAGGGCAGGCUAGGGCUGUUCCUACCCAUGAGGGAAGAGGAGAGUGCUACUGGGCAAGGUGGCCCCCACCCUCCCUUCCUGAUCCUCAUAAUACAAAGCUUGAUCCUGGCAGUGGGGUAGUGACUGCCACCCUUCCACCAAAAAAUUCCCUUCCUUGUGGGAUUCUUGGGCAUCUCCUGCCUCCCUCACUCUCACGGUAAUUAAUGUCUUAAUUGGCUGUUGCCUGGGGAACAGGAGAGCUGCUGCAGGCAGAUGACCUCAUGGGGGGUGGAGGGAGGUGAGGUGCCCAGGUGGCUAUUUGCCCUGCAGAGCUGGGAGUUUCCCCCCCACCACCACCACCCUCUUCUCUCUUCACCUUUGGCAUCCUUUGGCCUGGUGGGGAAAUAGAGGUCUAAGGUGGAGACCUAAGCGGGUACAAAGCCAAGUGGCCUGCUUCUUUUCUGGGCUCUAGUACAAGUGGGCACCCCCCCUUCCCACCCAACUUGGCUCCCACUGGUCUCCUUAGUCUUGGGCUGGGGCCUGGAAAGAGGAAGAGGCUGCUUGCUCGGGGCUGGGCCAGCCUGCAGUGCACUUUGACCCUAGCUCCUUGCCAGCACGGCUGCUAACAGACUGCCACUCAAGUGCGCCUUGCAGGCACUUCCAGAGCUGCUGCCAUAGAAGGAGCUGGGCCUUACACCAUCCACCUCCACACUGCCUCCUGGCCAGCUGCCCACCCCAGUGCCAGGUGGGAGAGGGAGCAGAACAGCCAGCCCCUUCCAGGUGGCAGUCGGAAGGGUUUUAUGUUUUUGUUUCUGUUGCCAUUUGUGUAAAUACUAGUCUUUUUUGGAAGAAAUAAUGUAAAGAUGUUUGUAUAAACUCUGAAUUAUU